AAUCGGUACCGGUCCAUUUGAAUAUAUUUAUCACCAAAAGAAAAAAAAAUUAUUAUAAUUAUAAGACAAGAAUAUAGCUGUGUGAUUGUGCUUCCUACCCAAUUUCCAAUUUAAUGAUUUCACCGUCAAUCCCUCCUUUAAUUUGUCUCCACAUAUUAAUAUCUUAUCCAAUAAUUGAAAAUAGCACCAAUCUAAAAAUUUUAGAUAAUGCAAUUAAAUUUCUAAUUUACUAUUCAACUCUACAUAUAUCAAUAAUAGUUAUUGUUACUUUCAACUUCGUCUCCAAAAACGCGGUUUCUUCUACUUUAAGUAACUAUUCAUCGCCAACAUUUUCAAAAUGAAACCCUAGAAAAAGAAAGAACUCCAAAUCCUUUCAUCAAUGGCGUCGACAAAACCAACCGAUCAAAUCAAACAACUCAAAGACAUCUUCGCACGUUUCGACAUGAACAACGACGGCAGCUUAACACAGCUUGAGCUCGCGGCGCUUCUCCGUUCUCUAGGGAUCAAACCACGCGGCGAUCAGAUCUCUCUCCUCUUAAACCAAAUCGACCGCAACGGCAACGGAUCCGUCGAGUUCGACGAGCUUGUCGUGGCGAUAUUGCCUGAUCUCAACGAAGAGGUUCUGAUCAACCAGGAGCAGCUGAUGGAGGUUUUCCGGUCGUUUGAUCGCGACGGUAACGGUUCGAUUACGGCGGCGGAACUUGCCGGGUCAAUGGCUAAAAUGGGACAUCCGUUGACUUACCGUGAGUUGACGGAGAUGAUGAGGGAAGCUGAUUCUAACGGUGACGGUGUUAUUAGUUUCAAUGAGUUUUCUCAUAUUAUGGCUAAAUCUGCUUCUGAUUUUCUUGGAUUAACUGCUUCUUCCUAAUUAGUUAUUUUCUGUUUGUUUUUUUUUUACUAUUUUUGUCUUCAUGCAACUUGUGCAAUUAACAAUGCGUUAAUCUUCUGUUAAUUAAUUUGUGAUCCGUUGGUGGAGUGACGUAAA